GCAGGCGUAGUCGCCCAAGUCGCGUCCCCGCCUUCCCGGUCGCGGGCCCACCUCGGGAGCGCCGGCGCACUGCCGCGCUCCGUUUACACGCUCCGGGGCCUGUAGGCGCCGCGAGUUCCGGCUGUCGCCGUCGCCGCCGCGGCUCCUUGAGGUCGGUUGCGACGAGUAACGGCGCCAGGACGAGCCCUGCGCCUUCUUUUUCGAUAUGUACCCGAACUGGGGCCGGUAUGGCGGGAGCAGCCACUAUCCGCCGCCGCCGGUCCCACCGCCGCCGCCGGUGGCGCUUCCUGAGGCCUCGCCGGGGCCGGGGUACUCGAGCUCGUCUACUCCCGCGGCCCCCUCCUCCUCGGGCUUUAUGAGCUUCCGCGAACAGCACUUGGCGCAGCUCCAGCAGCUGCAGCAGAUGCACCAGAAGCAAAUGCAGUGCGUGCUUCAGCCCCACCACCUUCCUCCGCCCCCCCUGCCGCCCCCGCCGGUGAUGCCGGGGGGCGGCUACGGAGACUGGCAGCCGCCGCCGCCACCGAUGCCCCCGCCACCUGGGCCGGCCCUCAGCUAUCAGAAGCAGCAGCAGUACAAACACCAGAUGCUCCACCACCAACGAGACGGGCCUCCUGGUUUGGUUCCAAUGGAGCUGGAAUCCCCCCCUGAAUCUCCCCCUGUGCCGCCCGGGUCCUAUAUGCCCCCAUCUCAGUCUUACAUGCCCCCACCUCAGCCGCCACCCUCUUAUUACCCGCCGUCCUCAUCUCAGCCCUACCUGCCUCCUGCUCAGCCGUCCCCUUCCCAGUCCCCACCUUCCCAAUCCUACCUGCCGCCCACCCCUUCUUAUUCAUCCUCCUCCUCUUCCUCGCAAUCCUAUUUGAGCCAUUCCCAGUCCUACUUGCCCUCUUCUCAAGCAUCUCCUUCCCGCCCCUCCCAGAGCCAUUCUAAAUCCCAACUACUAGCUCCACCACCACCGUCCGCACCCUCUGGAAAUAAGACAGCUGUCCAGCAAGAGCCUUUGGAGAGUGGGGCCAAAAACAAGAGUGCUGAACAGCAGCAAGCCACCCCUGAGCCAGAUCCCUCUACGAUGACUCCACAGGAACAGCAGCAGUAUUGGUAUCGACAGCACUUGCUUAGUUUGCAGCAGAGGACAAAAGUUCAUUUGCCAGGACACAAAAAGGGUCCUGUGGUAGCAAAGGAUACACCAGAGCCGGUAAAAGAAGAAGCUUCAGUACCUGCCACCAGUCAAGUUCCAGAAACUUCUUCUUCUGAGGAGCCCCCAUUGCCACCUCCAAAUGAGGAAGUGCCACCUCCUCUCCCACCUGAGGAACCCCAGUCCGAGGACCCAGAAGAAGAUGCCAGGUUAAAGCAGUUGCAGGCUGCAGCAGCACACUGGCAGCAACACCAGCAACAUCGAGUUGGCUUCCAGUAUCAGGGAAUAAUGCAGAAGCACACUCAGUUACAGCAGAUUCUACAACAGUAUCAGCAGAUUAUACAGCCCCCACCACAUAUACAGACCAUGUCUGUAGAUGUGCAGCUGCGGCAUUAUGAGAUGCAGCAGCAACAGUUUCAACAUCUUUACCAAGAAUGGGAGCGAGAGUUUCAGCUAUGGGAGGAACAACUCCAUUCCUAUCCUCAUAAAGAUCAGCUUCAGGAGUAUGAGAAGCAGUGGAAAACAUGGCAGGGACAUAUGAAAGCCACUCAGAGUUAUCUCCAGGAGAAAGUCAAUUCAUUUCAGAACAUGAAGAACCAGUAUAUGGGGAACAUGUCAAUGCCACCUCCUUUUGUUCCAUAUUCUCAGAUGCCUCCACCUCUACCUACAAUGCCCCCUCCUGUGUUGCCUCCAUCAUUGCCACCACCAGUGAUGCCCCCUGCCCUCCCUGCUACAGUGCCACCACCUGGCAUGCCCCCUCCUGUUAUGCCACCUUCUCUACCAACCUCUGUCCCCCCACCAGGGAUGCCUCCCUCUCUCUCUUCUACAGGGCCACCACCAGUUCUCCCCCCACCUUCCCUCUCUUCUGCAGGGCCACCACCAGUUCUUCCCCCACCAUCUCUCUCUUCAACAGCACCUCCACCUGUCAUGCCCCUUCCACCAUUGUCUUCAGCCACACCUCCUCCGGGAAUACCCCCUCCUGGAGUUCCACAAGGGAUACCUCCUCAGUUAACAGCAGCCCCAGUUCCACCAGCCUCCAGUUCACAGAGCUCACAAGUUCCAGAGAAACCUAGACCAGCACUGCUUCCUACUCCUGUGUCUUUUGGUUCCACCCCACCCACAACUUACCAUCCUCCAUUGCAAUCAUCUGUUGGUCCAUCAGAACAAGUGAAUUCAAAAGCUCCUUUGAGCAAGUCUACUCUGCCAUACAGUUCGUUCUCAUCUGAUCAAGGACUUGGGGAGUCUUCAGCUGCUCCAUCUCAGCCAGUCACUGCAGUGAAGGACAUGCCAGUGAGGUCAGGUGGCCUGCUUCCAGAUCCUCCUAGAAGUAGUUACUUGGAAAGUCCAAGAGGCCCAAGAUUUGAUGGUCCUCGAAGAUUUGAGGAUUUAGGGUCAAGGUGUGAAGGACCGAGACCCAAAGGGCCUCGUUUUGAAGGAAAUCGCCCGGAUGGGCCAAGACCCAGAUAUGAAGGUCACCCAGCAGAGGGCACUAAAAGCAAAUGGGGAAUGAUUCCCCGGGGGCCAGCAUCUCAAUUUUAUAUUACCCCCAGUACAUCCCUAAGUCCUCGACAGAGUGGACCACAGUGGAAAGGCCCCAAACCAGCUUUUGGACAGCAGCAUCAGCAGCAACCUAAGUCACAAGCAGAACCUCUUUCAGGAAACAAAGAACCAUUAGCAGACACCAGUAGUAACCAGCAGAAGAAUUUUAAAAUGCAAUCAGCUGCAUUUUCCAUUGCUGCAGAUGUAAAGGAUGCCAAGGCGGCUCAGUCAAAUGAGAAUCUAAGCGACUCUCAACAAGAGCCACCUAAAAGCGAAGUCUCGGAAGGGCCCAUAGAGCCUUCUAAUUGGGACCAGAAUGCUCAAAGUAUGGAGACUCAAAUCGACAAAGCCCAAGCUGUUACUCAGCCUGUACCCCUUGCAAAUAAGCCUGUACCUGCUCAAUCUACUUUUCCUUCAAAAACAGGGGGGAUGGAGGGAGGAGCAGCAGUAGCAACAUCAUCAUCAUUAACAGCAGAUAAUGAUUUUAAACCUAUGGGUAUUGGUCUACCCCAUUCAGAAAACAACCAAGAUAAAGGCCUGCCUCGGCCAGAUAAUAGAGAUAAUAGAUUAGAAGGCAAUAGAGGCAGCAGCUCAUCUUACAGAGGUCCUGGGCAAAGCAGAAUGGAAGACACACGGGAUAAAGGACUAGUAAACAGAGGUCGUGGCCAGGCAAUCAGUCGAGGCCCAGGAUUGGUCAAGCAAGAAGACUUUCGGGAUAAAAUGAUGGGUAGGAGAGAAGACAGUCGAGAGAAGAUGAACAGAGGAGAAGGCAGCCGGGACAGAGGGCUGGUGAGGCCUGGAAGCAGUCGGGAGAAAGUGCCAGGUGGUCUGCAAGGCAGCCAGGACAGGGGUGGAGCUGGCAGCCGAGAAAGGGGACCACCUCGGAGGGCUGGUAGUCAGGAGAGAGGACCUCUUCGAAGGGCCGGGAGUAGAGAGAGUGUACCACCCCGAAGAGCUGGGAGCAGGGAGAGAGGACCACCUCGAGGUCCUGGCAGUCGAGAAAGGGGACUGGGAAGAUCAGAUUUUGGUCGUGAUAGAGGUCCAUUCAGACCAGACCCAGGAGAUGGUGGGGAAAAAAUGUAUCCAUAUCACCGAGAUGAGCCUCCUAGAGCUCCAUGGAAUCAUGGAGAAGAACGAGGGCAUGAAGAGUUCCCAUUAGAUGGUAGAAAUGCUCCAAUGGAACGAGAAAGACUUGAUGACUGGGAUAGAGAGAGAUACUGGAGAGAAUGUGAACAUGACUAUCAAGAUGAUACACUAGAGCUCUAUAACAGAGAGGACAGGUUCUCAGCACCACCAUCUCGAUCUCAUGAUGGAGACAGGCGAGGCCCUUGGUGGGAUGAUUGGGAGAGAGACCAGGAUAUGGAUGAGGACUACAAUAGGGAAAUGGACAGGGACAUGGACAGGGAUGUGGAUCGGAUUGGAAGACCCAUGGAUAUGUAUGAUAGAAAUUUGGAUAAUGAGUGGGACAGAGAUUAUGGGAGACCACUGGAUGAACAAGAAUCACAGUUUCGUGAACGGGAUAUUCCAUCUCUUCCACCUUUACCGCCCCUCCCACCUCUUCCACCUUUGGAUAGAUAUCGGGAUGAUAGAUGGAGAGAAGAAAGAAAUCGAGACCAUGGGUAUGAUCGAGAUUUCCGUGAUAGGGGUGAGUUGAGGAUUCGAGAGUAUCCAGAAAGAGGAGAUACAUGGCGGGAAAAGCGAGAUUAUGUUCCUGACAGAAUGGACUGGGAAAGAGAACGGUUGUCAGACAGAUGGUACCCAUCUGAUGUGGAUAGACAUUCCCCCAUGGCGGAACAUAUGCCCUCCUCACAUCAUUCCUCAGAAAUGAUGGGGUCCGAUGCAAGCUUAGACUCUGACCAAGGCCUUGGAGGGGUAAUGGUUCUCAGUCAGAGGCAGCACGAAAUCAUUUUGAAAGCUGCACAAGAACUGAAAAUGCUUCGGGAACAGAAAGAACAGCUUCAGAAGAUGAAAGACUUUGGGUCUGAGCCACAGAUGGCUGACCAUCUACCACCUCAGGAAUCAAGACUGCAGAAUACAUCUUCAAGACCUGGAAUGUAUCCGCCUCCAGGGUCCUAUAGACCACCCCCUCCUAUGGGUAAACCACCAGGUUCAAUUGUAAGACCUUCUGUUCCACCAGCAAGAUCAUCUGUUCCUGUAACCAGGCCACCUGUCCCAAUACCACCACCUCCACCUCCUCCACCUCUACCUCCUCCUCCUCCUCCAGUGAUAAAGCCACAAACUUCAGCUGUAGAACAGGAACGAUGGGAUGAAGAUUCUUUCUAUGGGCUCUGGGAUACAAAUGAUGAACAAGGACUGAACUCAGAAUUUAAGUCAGAAACUGCAGCAAUUCCAUCUGCUCCAGUAUUACCACCCCCACCUGUUCACUCUUCCAUUCCCCCUCCUGGCGCAGUGCCUAUGGGUAUGCCACCAAUGUCCAAGCCACCGCCAGUGCAACAGACUGUUGAUUAUGGCCAUGGCCGAGAUAUAUCCACUAAUAAAGUUGAACAGAUACCUUAUGGAGAAAGAAUAACUCUACGCCCAGAUCCACUACCUGAAAGAUCAACUUUUGAGACAGAGCAUGCCGGCCAACGUGAUCGUUAUGAUAGAGAAAGAGACCGUGAGCCUUAUUUUGAUCGCCAAAGUAAUGUCAUAGCAGAUCAUCGAGAUUUUAAAAGAGAUCGUGAGACACAUAGAGAUCGAGACCGGGAUCGUGGUGUUAUUGACUAUGACCGGGAUCGAUUUGACAGAGAACGCCGACCCCGAGAUGAUAGAGCUCAGUCAUAUCGAGACAAAAAAGACCAUUCCUCAUCCAGAAGAGGGGGUUUUGAUAGGCCAUCCUAUGACCGGAAGUCUGACCGACCAGUCUAUGAAGGACCAUCCAUGUUUGGAGGAGAACGAAGGACUUAUCCUGAAGAGCGAAUGCCCCUGCCAGCUCCUUCACUGAGUCACCAGCCACCUCCAGCUCCACGGGUAGAGAAGAAGCCUGAAUCAAAGAAUGUGGAUGAUAUUUUGAAACCACCAGGCCGGGAGAGCAGACCUGAGAGAAUUGUUGUUAUAAUGAGAGGAUUACCUGGCAGUGGAAAGACACAUGUUGCAAAACUUAUUCGGGAUAAGGAGGUAGAAUUUGGAGGACCUGCACCCAGAGUUCUAAGCCUGGAUGAUUACUUCAUCACUGAAGUGGAAAAAGAAGAAAAAGACCCAGAUUCUGGAAAGAAAGUAAAAAAGAAGGUAAUGGAAUAUGAAUAUGAAGCUGAGAUGGAGGAGACUUACCGCACUAGCAUGUUCAAAACUUUCAAAAAGACUCUGGAUGAUGGCUUUUUCCCCUUCAUAAUUCUGGAUGCCAUCAAUGACAGAGUUAGGCAUUUUGACCAGUUUUGGAGUGCAGCAAAAACCAAGGGAUUUGAGGUAUAUUUGGCUGAAAUGAGUGCAGAUAACCAGACUUGUGGCAAGAGAAAUAUUCAUGGAAGAAAGCUUAAAGAAAUAAAUAAGAUGGCCGAUCACUGGGAAACUGCGCCUCGUCACAUGAUGCGUUUAGAUAUUCGUUCUUUGCUACAAGAUGCUGCUAUUGAAGAGGUAGAGAUGGAAGAUUUCGAUGCAAAUAUUGAAGAACAGAAAGAAGAAAAGAAAGAUGCAGAGGAAGAGGAAAGCGAACUGGGUUACAUUCCGAAAAGCAAAUGGGAGAUGGACACAUCUGAGGCAAAGCUAGUAUGCCAUAUGGAAGAGGUGUGAGCCUUUCUUCAGCCCAAGAAGGAAACUUUAAACAUGUUUGCACAAUAAAAUUUCAAAUUAAACAUUUCAACAAGGGUGCUCAGACUAGAAAUACAUGCUCUUCUGAAAUUCCAUGUUGCAACUGUAAUUCCUGUCAUAUUUACCCAGUGUAUAAGGAGAAGUUCUUGCAGUUUUCACACUGUGCUUCUGUAUUGCUGCCUGGCUGUGCUCUGUGGUUGGAACUGAAAUAAUGAAAUUUUUACUUUGAAGUAUGUUAAUGUCAAAGUUAUAUUAAGUUUGGAAAUCCUUUGAGGUUUAUUUAAUAAGUGUGUUGGAGCUUCUUUCUCUUUCAGUAAUACUGUACACUGUUGAACUGAGAACAGUUUUAUUGUUUGUGGGACUUCGUUGGUUUUCUAAUACCAUAACCUGUGUCCCUGUGCAGUCAAGGGGUCACUUCUUUGAGAUCAUGUAUAAUAUGGCCAUACUUAUACAUGUAGAUAGAGCCAUUUGGUACAGCAUGUGAUUCCAGAGAUUAGAAGACUGAUCUGUCAAAUCCAUACAUGUUAAAAUUUUGCCAAAAUGAGAUGAUUAAAAUUUUUGUGAGUUUUAUAAACUGUUGCAGUUUGCCUUACUGAUAUUACAAUGAUAAUCACUUUUAUGGGAAAGGGGCUUAGGAACAAAAAACUUUGCCGAAAAUGCAAAAUCUUACUGGUUUUUGAAGCUUGUAACAGUCAGUUGUGUGUGAAACUUUUAUAUUUGAAACAUAAACUCACCCUUUCUGCUGCUGCUUUCAUUGCACUUUUCAUACAAAUUUCUCUCCAACGUGGUCUCUAAAAGAUUUUUAUUAUAUACACUCUGCACCCUUUAUAGAAUUCAGUGAAGUGUGGUUAUGCUGUGUUUCUGAAGUUUUAGUCUUUUCUUCUUUGGCCUGCCUAAUGUUAGUGUGUUUAUAUAAUUUUAGAUGAUUCAAAAGUUUAGUGCUUCAUUGUAGCAAAAAAUGUAUAUAGCUCAUAAUAUCCUACAUGUAGUAUUCAAAAUCAAUUAUUAAUAACCAAUAAAAGACUCAACACAUUUUCAUUGCGUGUUCUUCUUUAAGACACCUAAACUCCUAAUUUCUGAAUCCACAAUCCCUAUUCAUUUAUUGAUUACAGUUUUUGAAUUGGAAAGCCUAGCCCUCUCAGAUUCAGUCUGCAGAAAGAAUUAUCAGGUCUGGUAAAACAGGCUCACUAGCCCUUUGCCUCAGAAAUGGUCAACAGCCCUUCCUGGUAUAACCAAAGAAAGUGGUGAUCUCAUAUAGUAAGCUUAUUCGUGAACAUUAAUUCAUGGUGAAUGCGCUCACAGCAACCAAAAUCCA